UAAAGUUGAAGUUUUAUUUUAUAUAACAUUCAUCUUCAUGAUAUCAACUUUUCCUACAAGUUGUUUUGUUAAAGUUUUAAAAGGAGAACUAGAUUGAGGGGAUUACUUAAAGUCAUCCUCAGGAAUGGUUCAUUAAAACAUAAAAAUUCAUAUUCAAAAUAUGAAUGGGGCCUUGAAAGAUUUGCUGAAGUUAAAUUGCUUUUCCUAGUCAUUGAAUGGCCAUGAUGGAAACAGUAGUUGCCGUAGCCAUUGGUGUAUUAGCAACCAUAUUUAUUGCCUCUCUUGUUGGACUGUUAUAUGUUUGUAAGGUGAAAUGUAAGAAAACCGAUCUCAUAACAUCACAAUUGAAGGAUACAAGGCCAGAUGUACAGUUGAUAGAAGAUGACACACAGUCUAAUCCAGCUGAUGUUGAGUUAGAUGAAGUUAGGAUAUCUAACCCCAGACUAGAUCAGUUAUUACAAGAUGAACAUUGGGUUGAUGAUGCAACUGGUUUAGUUCCUCAUUGUAUUGCCAUUUUAAAAACCUGUCAUAUUUUGACGGAACGUCUAGUUGGUAUGACAAUGGGAAAUUCCCAGAUGAUACGCACCCAAGAAUUACUGACAGAUAUUAUUGCUGUGGCAAAAAGAAUAAGUCCUAGAGUGGAUGAAGUUGUUAAUUCCAUGUAUCCACCACUAGAUCCAAGAUUACUAGAAGCCAGGUGUACGGCAUUGGUUCUGUCUGUUAGCCAUCUUGUUUUAGUCACAAAGCAUGCUUGUCAGUUUUCUGGCAGUAUGGAUUGGAUUGACCAAUCAUUAGCUGAUAUUGAAGAGCAUUUGAGGGUACUACGAGAGGCAAGUUCAGAAGAAGAAUUGACUAGAACUUCCUCAUCAUCAGCAUCAGAUGACAGUAAUAUUGUGGAAGUUACUGAGCCUACCCAAUCCCCCAGUGAACAAUCAAAAGUCUAAGUCAGUGCUAGAAACUAAGAGCCUGUAUUCCAUACAUUGGUCCUUUACCCAGUGGUUAUUGAUGAAUAUGGCAUUAUUAUAAUAGUAUGUCUGUAUUGAAAAUUUUUCAAUGAUAUAUGAUAGAAGACAUUUUAUUACAAUUUGAGAUUUUCUAUAAAAAUUUAAGCAAAUAUUUAAUAAUUGGUAAUAGCUAACUGGGUUGUGAAAAUUUGGGAAGAUCAUAACAGUAAUUGUUUAUGAAGUGCAAAUGUUUCACUUAUAUUUAGAAUUUUUGGCAUUUUGAAAUAUGCAAGGUUGUUGUAUGACAUAUUAUGCAGGUUAUAGAAUGAUACCAAAUACAAUAUAUAAAAAUAAUUAAGAUUUUCGGUUAAGAAAGCCAAAUAUAUGUAUUUCUGCUCUGUGUGAUCCAGAUGCAUAAGUCAUAGGAUUAUGCUAACAAUCAACAAGGGAAAGGGUUUUUAAUUUGUGAGUAGUUGCUCACACUAAAGUUUGUUUGUUAUGUUUUUUUGUAAAAUGUCAGAUUAUCUUAUUGACAUUAUAUGUAAAUUGAUAAGAUCUCUGUAUGUAAUGUCAUAGAAUUGAAAUACAAAACGAGAAUUAGAGAACAAGGUUCAAAUUUUUGUACAACACUUCUUAGUAGUUCUUUUAACCCUGUUAUACUGCUAUUAUUUAUACCAUUGGUACAAUAGGUUGCUUAUAAAUGUGCUUUUUAUGUAAAAUUAUAAAUUUCAUUUAUCAUGUUUAUUUUGGCAGUUCUAAAAAGUUUUUGUCACUGGCAAGUUUUGUAUAUGGUGCUUUCAUGGUGUUGUAAUAUAUUUUUAUGAGAAUUCAUCAAAACCAUUACAUGAAAGUUAUGUGGAAUCACCAAUGUAAUUGCAGCAUUUUAUAAGGGAACAAUUAACAACAGAAUUGUUUAGUUGUAACUUACUUAUCAGUCUGUCUGUUGUUGAAAACUUUUGUUGGAACUUUAAAUAAAAAAUAUGAAAUAAAAAUUCAACUCCAGUAAGUUCUAAAAUUCAAUAUGUGUGUGUUGCUAUAGCAUGUAACUACUGUUUUGCAAUUAAGAAUUCAUUCAUUCAAUAAAAGCAUUUUACACCUUAAGGUUAGAUUAGAAAAAAAUAAAACUUAGUUUUGACAAUAAGUGGUUUCUAAUAGUGUCAAAUAACAUAUAUAUCUGUUAGACUUUAUAAAGUGAUUUUUAUUAAUUUUUCCUAUUCUCUUUACCACAUAUUUUGAAAUAUGAAAAAACCCAUGUAAAUGGAUAUAAGUUUUUUUUCUUCAGAUAAUUGACAAUUAUUCCUGUAUACCAUACCAACAUGUAAAAAAGAACAAUGUUAAACUGUCUCAUAGUUGAAGUGUGUUCAAAUAUAAUUGGUUUGAUUUAUGUGAAUAUUUCAAUUUCCCAUAAGUUGUCAAAUGUCAAUUUGGAACUCCUUGUUUGUGUUUCUGGAUAUGCCUGGAGUUUUUGUGUCAAGUGAAAUAUACAAAAACUAUACUGUAGUUAAUGUUUUUUUUCAGUAAAAUGUUUUAAAAAAAACAACCAUUGAAUUAUUUCUUAUAUUGUUGACUUGAUAAACCAAUCAAAAUGAAGAAUUAACUGAAGUAUUUAAUUCCAGUUGAAUGUAGUAUGAUAAUAAUUCAGUUUAAUAAUAUUAAAUUUAAGGACUUUAUUUUAUAUACAUUUACUCAGAGGAAAUUCAUUGUUAUUGAACAAUUUGUUUCUGUAAAAUAAUCAAACUAAUGAUAAAUCAAAAUAUUUCUUAAACAAAUUCCAUACAGACUUUUAAAUAGUUAAUGAACUUGAGAUGCUUAUCUUAAGAAGUUUAUCUCAUAAGCAAAAUUUUCUUUUACCAUCAGUAAUAUAUUCCUAAACAAAAACUUGUUUAUAAUCCAUUAUAAGUCAAAAAGUUCAUAUGAGGAAAUAUUUAGAGGUCACAGUGUUCUCCCAGGAUUUUUUUAUACAUAUGCAUGAACAGAAAUGGAAAUAAGUUACAUUUUCAUUAUUUAGCUUUAAAAAUUAAAGUGCCUAGAUAAUUUCCAUAUUUUGAUUUCAUUACCAACCCACCCAUCCUUUUUUUAAAGAGAAAGUAUGUAAAUGUAGCACAGUAGGUAUAUCUUUUUUUCACUUUUAGUAGGUUGAAUUAUAAACUAGUUAUGUAUUUCAUUUACAACUUCAUAAUUAACUGACACCUAUUUAAAGAAAGAUUUCAAUGACCAAAUUGGACUUUUUUCUUAAACUUUUAUUUCAAAUGGAUUUCAUACAUCUUUCAAGAUUACAUUUUGCAUGUAAAGUGGGUAUAUUAUUUCAUAUCAAAGAAAGAAAUAGAAUUACCCUUUCCAUAAUAAGUACUAAAAAUGGUAUCAAAGACAUUUUUUAAGAAAUGCUAACACAUUCCAAGAUGCAUCUGAUAGAAACCUAUUUUUUUUUUAAAGAAUGAUUUUUUUUAUUAUUAAAGGUGAGUUAUCAAUACCAAUUAUAUUUGCCAAUUGAAACAUCCACCUUUAAGUAUUGUGUUUAAUAACUUUACAAUGUUUAAAUUAUUGCCACCUGGCACCAGAAAUAUUUGACAAUACUGGUUUUAGUACAUUUUUCCUCCAAAAUUGUCUCCCUUUUUUUUCCCCGUUCCUGUUUACACACUGACUAAAUGGCUGUUUCUAUGAAUCAUUAAAUGCUAUUUCAAAUCCAAGCAAUCCUCUGUCAAUAUUGAUUUUAAAAUAAUAUCUUGAAAUCUAAUGAAAGUUGAAUUGCAAAAAAUAAUUUUAUAAUAUAAAGAGAUUUUUAUUGUUUUGUUUAUCCUCUAUUAGAUUUUGUAAAUAGUGAUUCAAGGACAAGUUAUCAGUUUAGUUAAUCGUAGAUGAUUCAAAAGUUGAACAAGACCAGGUUGUCAGAGAAAGGGUAAAACUUUUCUUAAAUGCUUUGGAAAUGAUUUCAUGAGCAAUUUCCAUCCCUUUCUAGAAAUUUCUAGAUCUCUUUUUUCUUUAAAGUUAAAAUCUCUAGAAAGAAAUAGGUAUUUUUGACAGUUAAAGUUCUGCCAAUGAUGCCAUUUUGUUCUUUCAUUGAACUGACCCCUCCCAUAUUUGACUUCAUUAGGUAAAUAAAUUAUCUCGGACGUAUCAACCAGAUGAUCAUGGAUCAAAGUUGUACAGAUAAACACCAGAAUUUAAAAAUUAAAAAGCAAUAGCGCCAAUAUUUGAUUGGAUACCACUGCGGUCUGCCCAAUAGCACUAUGCUUAAAUACGAUUGCCCUGAAAACCACAGCGCUAAAACAGCCUUGGGAGAACACUGGGUCAUGCUAUUUACAUCAUAUGCUCUAUUCAUACUUUGAUAAGACUGUCCAACCAAAUAUGUAUAUUAUCCUAUGAUACAGAAUAGGAAAUCAUACAUAUAUAGCAAUAACAUUAAUCUUAUUGAUUUCUCUGCAUCAAAAUUCCUUAUUAAUAAAAAAUAACACUAUGUAUUUAAAAUUGUUUGUAUUGUUGUAUAUUUAUAAUUUGUAACUAAUAGUUUGUUUUGCAUCCUCAUUUUGAUUUUGUUUUAGAUUCUGCUUAUGUAUUCAGACUGGUCCUAGAGUGACAACAGUUCCCUGUCUAUACAAAGAAAGAACACUAUUAAAUUGCAAAUUGAAAGUGUACUGUUAUACAGUAAAAAUGUUUACGAUAUUAUAUUCACAAUAGAUACACAUUUAAAAAAACAGAGUUUAUAGCUCCAAGCAUACCAUAUAUGAAAAUGUAUAACUAUUUAUGGCCUUUGUUUAUGUCCUGGAAGGGAACUUUGGCCAUUUUGGCUCAGUCUGAAGACAAAACUGGCAACAUUUAAUUCAAGUUCAGAAAAAUCUGUAUAUAUUUGUGUUAAUGAUUGAUCAUUCCUAACAUUUAUUUUUUGUUUGUUAUAUGUUUAAUCGGUGUUAUUUUAUAUAUCAUUUUAUAUUUGUCUUAUUUUAUUGUAUGAUACACAUAUUUAUACCCUCCACAAACAAAGUUUUGGGGUGGUUAUAUAGAAAUCACCUUGUCUGCAGGUCUAGCCAUCAGUCUGUGUGUCCAUGUACCUAUUUUGGGCAACUCCACCUUAAAAAGAUAGACAAAUAUUGACAAACUACACACAGUUGUAUAACACAACCUGAUGAUGUUCACAAAGAAGCAUAAACCUUAUUCAGAGAUAAUCAAAUUAACUGACAUCAAUAUAAUCAUAGUAUUGCAGGGGUAUCCACUCAAAGUUCUAGUUUAUAAUUUGUAAACCAAUAUGCACGUGCUUAAUUAUUGUUACCAGUUCCAUUACAUUGGUAGUGAUUAUUUGAUGAUGCGAAAUAACAUAAAGUAAAAUAUUCUGUAAGAAUUAGGCACAACAUAUUAUAAAAACAAAAGACAUUUUUUUAUGUACCAGAAACAUGGGAAACUGCAACUUUCUGUAAAAGUCAACUGUUGUGCCAUCAAUUGUUUUCUUUAUAUUAACUUUACAUUGUAUUGUUUAUUUUCCAGCAACUAAUGUCCUUGAAGGCAAAACAAAGGUUUUUCUAUUAGGAUAUGUUUUAAACAUAUCAACAUAUAUUGGACAAUUUUAGAUUUGCCUAAAAUGUAUCUUGGUUUACCUGUGAAUGUAAUGAAAAGCUACUGUAAAUUAGUUUACCUGUGACUGUAAUGUAAAGCUACUGUAAAUUAGUUUACCUGUGAAUGUAAUGUAAAGCUACUGUAAAUUAAGUUGUUAUAUAUUUAUUAAUGCCAAAUAUGUGACAGUAUCAGGUUUGCAAUAAUGAAAAGUCUCAUUCAUAAUUUAAUUAGUGAUUUUCCAUCAUAAAAUUUUUCGUAAUCUUCACAUAUUUGCCAGUGGUCAAGGAUUCUCAAUAAUACAUGCACACAUUUAUAGUUGAAUUUGCAGUAAUUGGAAAUGCAAUAAAAAGCGGAACACAAAUGUAAUGGUUAUUAUGUGCAAAAGUAACGCAUCACAUGCUUUAAAAGAUGGGUUUUCUAACACUUGCUUCAAUAUGAGAUAUUCUGCCUAGGUGUGUUAAUAAUGAAGUUUCUCAGAAUACUGUAAAUUUAGAAAUUAUUGUGUGCAUUUAUUAUUGCGAUUUUGUCAUUUUAGACUGAAAUGCGAGUUUAAUUAUUGCGAUUAUAACCCUGCACAUUUUUCGCAAUAAUAAAAACAUCGCAAUAAUUUCUGAAUUUACAGUAGUCAAUUGAUAUUAGGAAUGUUAUUGCAUUAACAUUUAUGAAUCAUGCUUCAGUGACCUUAGAAAUUCUACAUUGUGUUAAUGUAAAAUUACUUGUUUUUAUUAAAAGUAAUGAAUUAUUAACCAAUGAAAUUAGACUAGCAUUUUCAAGAAGAUUGUGAAGCCUUAUUCUUUAGUCCUACUCCAUUCUAUUUGAAUAUUUUGAAAAGGACACUCACUCUAAUCAAAAAUAUUACAUAUCAUGGAAUUAUUCUUUUUAUUCUGCUGUAUUCAGGCAAGGCAUUUAUUUCUCUGUGAUACCAGUUUUAUUAUACAACCGCAAACAUUUUUUGCGGUCGUAUAUUGGUAUGACGUUGGCGUCGUCGUCGUCGUCGUCAGAAGACACAUUGGUUUUUGCACAAUAACUUUAGUUUAAGUUAAUGGAUCUCUAUGAAAUUUUACCAUAAGGUUCAAUACCACAAAAGGAAGGUUGGGAUUGAUUUUGGGGGAUAUGGUACCAACAGUUCAGGAAUUAGGGGCCAAAAAUAAGCAUUGUAACUUCCAGACAAUAACUUGUGUGUUAGUGUAUGGAUCUCUCUGACAUUGUACCACAAGGUUUUAUAUCACAAAAGGAAUGCUGGGAUUGAUUUUAGGGGUAAUUGCCUCGAAAUUUUAGGAAUAAGGGGCCAAAAAAAGGGGCAAAAAACAAGCAAUUUUCUAGUUUCAUGACAAUAACUUGUAUGUAAGUGUAUGGAUCUUUCUGAAAUUGUUCACAAGGUUCCAUAUCACAAAGGGAAAGCUGGAAUUGAGUUUAGGGGAAAUUGCCCAAAACGUUUAGGAAUAAGGGGCCAAAAAGGGGCUAAAAAUAAGCAUUUUUUCUAGUUUCCAGACAAUAACUUGUGUUCAAGUGUAUGGAUCUCUCUGAAAUUGUACUGCAAGAUACCAUACCACAAAGUAAAGCCUGGGAUUGAGUUUGGGGGUGAUGAAUCAUAAGGGGGUUCAAAGAAUUGGGGGGGGGGAUUUUUUUUCCUUUUUUCCUUUUUUUUCUUUAAAAUUUUCCAUUUUAAAUUGGUUAUUUCUGAUUUAUAUAUAAAAGCAAAUAAUAAUGAUAUGGUUUGAAUAGGUAAAUUAAAAUUUUUUAAGUUCUUAGACCACAUUCAUUCUGUGUCAGAAACCUAUGCUGUAUCAAAUAUUUAAUCACAAUCCAAAUUCAGAGGUGUAUCAAGCUUGAAUGUUGUGUCCAUACUUGCCCCAACUGUUCAGGGUUAGACCUCUGCGGUCGUAUCAAGCUGCGCCCCAGCGGAGCAUUUUAUUUAAAAUUUAUAACUAAUACACUCAUGUCUUUUUAGGUAGACAAAUUGCUUAGAUGGUUUGCUGUUGGAACAUUUUUAUUAGAAGAAAUAUAUUAGGUUAAUUCGUGACAAUACAGUAUGUUAUCAAACUCGCCUGAUGACAUGGUCUUUAAAAAAUCAGAUUGUUAUCACUAAUUAUACUGAAGUAAGCUGAGACUAUUUUAGAUUAAUCACUAAUGAAACUGAACACUUAAGGAUGUUUUCCUCUGACUAGAAAUAGACUAUUGUAUAUAUUGCUUGAAAUACAACUACUGAAAAUUUUACAAAUCAUUAAGUGUAAUAUUUUUUGAAAUUAUGGAUGGAGUAAUGACAAACAAAAGAAGGAAUGUGGUAUGCUUGAUCCUUUUGGAUUACACAUGUUUUUUUGAAAUUCAAUACCUUUUCUCUUCCUCAUCUCCUCAAAGGCAACAGCCUUUUAGAUUGAUGAGAAUAUAAAAAUUGUAUUGAGUUUCGAAAAACAUAAAUAUUCCCUUUAUUGCUAAUUUCCUAGGUUCCCUUUAUUGCUAAUUUCCUAGGCAACAUCAAUGAUGUAUGGCUUUAAUAUGAUGUCUUUGCUUGCUCUUUCCACACAACUGAGAAAAACUCAUCUCAUUCGAGUAUCUUGAGAUGAAAAAUUAUAAUAGGAAAAUUUUAGAAAAUAGCAAUAGAAGAAUUUAAAGGGUAUAAUUCAUCGCCUCUAGCUGUACAACUAUUUGAUUAUAGAUUGUUUGAUCCAGAAGAGGACAGUAUUGUUUCUGUUUUUAUUCCUAGUAUUACAUUUGACCAUGUAAGAGCGAUGAAGAAUUUGAAGUUUAUAAACCGAGUUAUUUAAUUUAGAGUUUUUGUUACUAACAAAGAUAGAUAUAUAUAUAUAGCAUAAUGUUUGGAGAGGACAACAUUGAGGUAACUGUGAUCAAACAAAAUAGUUCUAUGUAUAGAUUAAGUAUUUAUUAAGUUUUAUAAAAAGUAUUUUAUAAUUUUUUAUUACAAAAAUGAUUUAACAUGAGAAACUGUGAUGCACUUGAUAAUGAAAAACAGUUAUUGUAGAUGAUUAAUAUAUUGACAUUUUAUUUUUCAUUUUUUAAAUGUACCAGUUUUUUAGGAAAUUUGUUUCAUAUGAUUAACAAAAAUAUCGAUUUAUCCUAUGAAAGAACUUUGAUAAUUUGAAAAGUACAAAUUUAGAGUUCUUUUUAAAAAAUCAAAAGUAUUUAUCAUUUAAACUGAUUGAAGGAAAGAAUAGUGACAUCUUCAGACAGAAAUGACAAUGAAACCGGAAUGUAUGAUCCAAUUUUAAAGCGAAGCUUAUCAAAUUGUAAAACACUUAUUUAAAAAUGAAUAGUAAGUCAUUUUAAAAUAGCUGAGUUGUGCUUUUGUAUAUCUAAUUUUUAAUGCUGGCAUAAUGUAUAAAAAAAUGAAAAGUAAAACAUGCAUACAAUUAUUACGCAAAUGUUAGCUGCAAAAAAUGAUAUUGUGUAGUAAAAUUGAAUUCUAGGUGUUAAGUUAUUAUUGCCUAGUGAUUAUUAUUGCAACAUGUAGUAAACAAUGUAUAUGUAUAAGAUACUAAUUAUAAGUCACUGUACAGUAACCUAUAGUUGCUUAAAACAACUUCAUUUGGAUUCUGUUGGAUAGUUAUUUCAAAAGCAAUCAUACCACAUCUCUUAUUUUUAUAAAAAGAAGGUAAAGGCAUUUUUUUUUUGCAAUGAAGCACAAUAGAUGAAAGACUUGAUAUUCAUAUCAUGAUUUAUUGACAGGUAGAUUGAGAUAUUUCACAAAAUGAUACAGAGGGUAUUAUAGUUGUUUUAUUACAAAAAAACUAUUUUUUUUUGGAAUAAAUAUGUUAAUAUAUUGAUGCUGAAAUGAUUAUAUAAAGCCUUUCUUAUACUUUUCAUACCAAAACUACUUGUAUAUAUUGCCAUAGUUGAUAGUAAUAUUAAUGUUAUUUAUGUCUGGUUUUUCUUUAGUGAAGAUAUUGAUGGUAUAACCAUUGGCAGUUGGAACAUGAUAUUACAAUAUGUCUAAGCUACAAGGGAACUAACUAUUUAGGUGUUUGUACCAAAGAGAAAACUUUGUAAUAUACAAUCUUUGAAGUCUCUCUAUUUUUUUUACGCAUGUCAUCAAUUUGUCUUUUUCAGCAUUGAAAUUAGAAAAAAGCUUCAACUUUUACUUCUAUCUUUCAAAACAAAAUGUUUUAAAUGCAGAAAUAGUAGAAAGAAUGCAGUUACAGCAAAGAAACAGCAAAAGAUUAGCUUACGAACAAAAUAUUAGAGCUUUUAGCAAAUUGAAAGUGGUUUUUAUUAUGUAGUUGCUAAUGAGAUUGCUUAUAUUUACAUGAAAUAAUUUUGAAUUUUUUAAAUAACAUAUGUAUAUUAUAACAUUCCAUAAGUCAUCAAAGUGCCUAUACCUUUUCAUGUAUUUUACAUUAUUAUAUUUUUAACAAUAAGAAAAUACCUAGGGGAAAAUGCGAUCAUUAGUAAACAAAGGACAUACAGCAUCAUGGCAAAAAAAAAUAAUUAUAAUGAAAAGACAAUCACCAGUACACAGACUACGCAGAAAAUUCAAGAUUGAGUCAAAUGAACCUCACCUUAAACUGGAGGUGAAAUACGUUUUUUAAGUAUCAAACCAUAGAGCAUUUUUUAAAGAUGAAUGCAGCCUUUGAUAACUGAGAUGACGUUAUUCUUCAAAACAUAUUACUAGUUUGAACAGAUUAAAAAUUAAUUUUUAAAUGUAAUUGAUUUAUGAUAGUUAAGACAGAACUGCAUCAGUCUACAGUGCACACUACACACUUCUUCCACUAUGCUUGAUAUAUUUGUACAGCUACUCACUAUAUGUCAAUCACUAUCCCCACAUACAAUCUGUUAAUACUAAUUAAAUGUUUUGAAAAUGGCAUUCUCAUCAAAUGAAGUUAUAGAGUUGUCUGACUAAUUAUUUUUGUAUGUUAAUUGAUUUUAAAAGAUCCUAAUAUUGUCUGAAUUACUGAUAAAUGUAAGUUGUAUUACUGUUUUACAACUUGAGUCAUAUUAUUAUAUUUUCCAUGAUACUCAAUAUAAGCAUUGGUUAUGCUUCAAAUCUGUUAAUAAAACAUGCAUUGUCUUA